AUGGCGGCCAUUCAGGACGUCUCGCUCGAGGACUUCGGCCACCCGUGCAAGAAGUUCUUCCGGAGCCGGGCGCACUGCAACCCGCUGUCGAACAACGACGGCUUCGAGUACCCGACGACGCCCGACGACAUGGACUGGACCGACGUCUUCCCGGCGCUCGGCGACGCGCGCGCCGGCGACCGCGUGCGCCACCUCGACGUGGGCUGCGGCUUCGGCGGCCUCGCCGUCGCGUUGGGCGCUUUAUCGCCGGAGCUGACCCUCGCCCUCGAGAUCCGGCCCAAGGUCUGCGAGUACGUGCGCCAGCGCCUCGACGCGCUCCGGCGGCAGCACCCGGGCGCGUACGGCAACGUCGGCUGCCUGCGCCACAACGCCAUGCUCUACCUGCCGAACAUCAUCCGGAAAUACCAGCUGGCCAAGAUCUUCUUCUGCUUCCCGGACCCCCACUUCAAGGCGAAGAACCACCGGCGGCGCAUCGUCUCGUCCGCGCUCCUCGCCGAGUACGCGUACGCGCUACGACCGGGGGGGCUCCUCUACGCCAUCACGGACGUCCGCGAGCUCCACGAGUGGCACGUCGCCAAGCUCGACGCGCACCCCUGCUUCGCGCGCGUCGACGCGCACCCCGGCGACCCCUACGUCGCCGCGAUCGCCGAGUCCACCGAGGAGGGCAAGAAGGUCGCGCGGCAGGGCGGCCACAUGACCGACGGCUCCAAGCGGCUGAUCGCGACCUUCUCGCGGAUCUCGACGAUCUCCUGGGUCCGCGGGUCGAGGCGCACGUAG